AUAUUUUUUUCUUUCUAUUUCUCUAUCAGCUGCAUGCGGUGUCUCUUUUCAUGUAACAUUUCUUCCACACCAUUAUAUAUACAGUCAAACCAAUCCGACACAUGUAGUUGAGGUGUUAUGAUAUUAGAAUAUAUGUGUUAUAUAUAUAUAUAAAUAUAGUUAUCUGAUAGGUAAGUGAUUAGAGAGUCUUAGUUUACUCCAUUCCCUUGAAUAUUUAUCCUUUUUUAGACGUAAAUUACUUCCUUUAUUUCUUCAUGGGGACUAAGAAAUGCAUAUUGUAUGGGGAUGAAAGUUUUUGUGUGAAGAGAUAAUUAAGGAGUUUGGCACAUAUUUCCUUUAUCAGUAUCACCCCCACAAAUAUAAAUUCCAAACCGAAUAUCAUUUGGUUAUGAUAACAAGUCAUUUUAAGUGUUUGAUUUAUAAGAGAGAACGUUCUUCCUCUAUUGUUGCUUAAGCUAUAGUACUCGAUCCCUUCAUUCAUCGAUGGAGGCUUCUUCCAUAGCUUCUCCUCCUUGCACAUGGUUCCCGGUUCAGUCUCCGAACAGACUGAGCCAACGAGCUCGAAGGAAAAAGCUUACUAUUCCAACAUAUUGCAGCAAUGGCAAUGGUGCUUUUGAUCAACAUAGCAUAGAGAAGUGCAACUCCAGAGGACUUUAUGCAUCUUCAGCUGUCUUUGGUGAGAAUACUUCCUUCCCCAUUUAUGGAUCGAAGAGUAGUAAUGCCUCCAGAACUAGAAGAUGGAAAAAUAGGCUCAUGAGUUGUGAUGCUCACUCUGAAUUAGACAAACCUCUUUAUACGACUGUGAAAGCUAAUUCAAAGGAAGAAACAAGAAGAAAAAGACGAGUCGUUGUGACAGGGUUGGGUGUGAUAAGCUCCAUUGGUCAAGAUCCAGAUGUCUUCUACACUAAUCUUCUUGAAGGUGUCAGUGGCAUAAGUGAGAUAGAGGGGUUUGAUUGUUCUAAAUUUCCCUCGCGAAUCGCCGGAGAAAUAAAGUCUUUUUCGACAGAGGAAUUGGUGUCCCCAAAGAUUUCUAAGAGGGCAGACAAGUUCAUGCUUUAUAUGCUCACUGCAGGAAAGAAAGCAUUGCUUGAUAGUGGGAUUACUUCACAAGAACUGAGAGAACUAGAUAAAGCCAGAUGUGGAGUCAUAAUUGGCACAGCAUUGGGAGGCAUGGCAGUUUCUACAGAAGCAAUAGAAGCUUUAAGAAUUUCGUACAGGAAGAUAAAUCCUUUUACUGUUCCUUUUGCAACAGCCAAUAUGGGCUCUGCUAUACUAUCGAUAGACUUGGGAUGGACAGGGCCAAACUACUCAAUAUCAACAGCUUGUGCAACAAGCAAUUUUUGCAUACUGAAUGCUGCACAUCAUAUUUUCAGUGAUGAUGCAGACAUGAUGCUUUGUGGUGGAUCAGAUGCAGGAAUUAUUCCCAUAUCUAUCGGAGGUUUUAUAUCAUGUAGAUUACUCUCACGUAGGAAUGAUGAACCAACUAAAGCUUCGCGGCCUUGGGAUACUAGUCGUGAUGGAUUUGUGAUGGGAGAAGGUGCUGGAGUUUUGCUAUUGGAAGAGUUGGAACAUGCUAAGAGGAGAGGUGCAACUAUUUAUGCAGAGCUUUUAGGGGGAAGCUUCACUUGUGAUGCUUUUCCUCCUGAUGAAUCAGGGAGAGAAAUAUCUCUUUGCAUGGAGAAGGCUUUAGCUCAAUCUGGGGUAGCUCCAGAAGAUGUAAACUACAUAAAUGCACAUGCUAUAUCAUCACCAGCCACUGAUUUGAAAGAAAUACGAGCUAUAAACAGAUGUUUUGGCAAGAAUCCAGAUCUGAGAGUGAACUCUACCAAAUCCAUGAUAGGCCACCUUUUGGGGGCUGCUGGUGCUGUAGAAGCUGUUGCAACAGUUAAGGCAAUACAAACUGGGUUGGUGCAUCCAAACAUAAAUCUUGAUAAUCCUGAUGAAGGCGUGGACAUGAAUGUUCUAGUGGGGAAGAAGAAGGAGCGUUUGGACAUAAAGGUAGCAUUAUCCAACUCAUUGGCCUUCGGUGGACAGAACUCGUCUCUUGUAUUUGCACCUUACAAGUGAAUUUGCUGUUACAUAAUUAUCCACCGUAAAUGACUUGGUAAUUAUCAUGUAUCACUGGCAGAAAAUAUCACGAUGUAUUUUCCGUUCCAAAUAAAAAUUAAAAUUAAAAGACGUGCCUUUGUACGUUUUCUUGUUCACAAAAUGUUUAAUUCUCUCA